AUUGCUCUCUUAGCUUGCAUUGCAUAUGUUUGAGGUUUUUGAAACAGUUCACAGUAAACCCAGUCGCUUUAAUAUUCUUACCUGAAGAUGGGAUGCAGAUCACUGAUUUUCCUCUCCUUUGCUGUUGGUAUUAACGGCUGGCUAUUUUCUCCGUCAAAAGAUCCAGUAAAACCAGAAUGGGACAGGUUUUCAGCGACAUUUUUAAAAUAUAAAGACUUGCCAAUGAAUGUUGCUGAUGCAAAGAAAGGCGGGUGGACUCUAACCCGCUCGUGCCAAGAAGACGCAUAUUUUCGCGGAAAUCGUUAUGUUUUGAACAACGAUCAUUCAGUUAUGCUGUUGUUUGAUUCAAAAGGUAAAAUUGCUGGAAUACAGAAUGGGAUUCAAAAGUCAAGUGCAACACAAAAUUUCUACACAAAACCACACUGGGUAGAAGAUGGUUCCUUGCUUGUGAUCACCGCUUACUUUGUCGAUCCGAAAGUGAUUUGUGCCGGAGGAAGAGAAGAGUCAAAAUAUUUGGGGGAUUCACUUUUUAUUCAAAAUGGAGCCAGUCCUAGCUCACUGAUGGAAAUUCCUUUGAAGGAAGAUGUUGUCGAGAAGAAAACGAAAUGGGUUAAAGGAAAAUGUGUUUAUGGCAUGGGGCAACAUUAUUGGUACGAUAUUUCCAACGAAAUGAGCUGUGAUGACUUCUUUCCCGCAUUUCUCCUUUACAAUGGUGGCAAGCUGAACGCAUUUGGGUGGGUGACAAUGGGAAAUUUCAAGAGCGAACGCUAUGAGCAUCCUCCCUCCUGGGUUCUUGGGGGUUUUUUCCAGGAUGACACAAUGCCAUCGUGCGUUUCUAAAAUUCCCGAGUUGUCAACAAUUCACAUUUACUUACAACACCGUCCCUAUUUUAACGUUUGUUGAUUUAUUUAUAAUUAACAAUCUGCAAACACUAAAUCGAAGGUAUCUAUCUCCUAUUAUUACUCUAGCUGAAAAUAUGAAUAAAUGAAAUUCUCAG